AUGCCCGUAAAUGAGGCGGAAACCAUCCGCAUCCUCAUCUCCACUGAUAAUCAUGUUGGUUACAACGAGCGAGACCCCAUCCGUGGAGAUGACAGCUGGAAGAGCUUCCAUGAGAUUAUGUGCUUGGCAAAGGAACGGGAUGUCGAUAUGGUGCUCUUGGCAGGAGAUCUGUUCCAUGAGAACAAGCCGUCGCGCAAAUCCAUGUACCAGGUGAUGCGGUCAAUCCGUAUGAACUGUUUCGGGGAAAAGCCAUGUGAGCUGGAAAUGCUCAGCGAUGCGAGUGAGAACUUCCAGGGAGCUUUCAACCAUGUCAACUAUGAAGACCUGGAUAUGAAUGUGGCAAUUCCAAUUUUCUCCAUCCACGGCAAUCAUGACGAUCCCUCUGGAGAGGGUCACCUGGCUGCAUUGGAUCUACUGCAAGUAUCUGGGCUUCUCAAUUACUAUGGCCGCACUCCAGAGUCGGACAACAUCCAGAUCAAGCCAGUGCUGUUACAGAAGGGUCGGACGAAGCUGGCACUUUAUGGGAUGAGCAAUGUUCGCGAUGAGCGACUGUUUCGCACAUUCCGUGAUGGCAAGGUCAAGUUCUUUCAACCAUCUGUCCAGAAGGACGAUUGGUUCAAUUUGAUGUCCGUCCACCAAAAUCACCAUGCACAUACGGAGACCAGCUACUUACCCGAAAAUUUUCUCCCUGGGUUCCUCGAUCUGGUUGUCUGGGGACACGAGCAUGAGUGCCUGAUUGAUCCUAAGCUCAAUCCUGAGACUAAGUUCCAUGUCAUGCAACCUGGAUCGUCUGUUGCUACAUCUUUAGUGCCUGGCGAGGCCGUGACAAAACAUGUCUCGAUUCUAAGCGUUACAGGCCGAGAGUUUAAGAAUGAGCCUAUUCGGCUGAAGACCGUGCGGCCAUUUGUGAUGCGCGAGAUUGUGAUGUCUGAGGAAAAGGAGGCCCAGAAACUUGCUCGCAAAGAAAACAAUCGGACGGAAGUCACACGGUUCCUUAUGUCCAUUGUGGAAGAGUUGAUUGAAGAAGCCAAUGCUGAAUGGCUUGAGGCGCAAGGCGAACGCAACGAGGACGACGAUGACGAAGAUGCACCUCAGGCUCCUCUUCCUCUCAUCCGCCUACGUGUCGAGACAUCCACGCCGGAAGGAGGGACCUACGACUGUGAAAAUCCACAACGAUUUUCAAACCGGUUUGUGGGCAAGGUAGCCAACGUAAACGACGUGGUGCAAUUUUACCGGAAGAAGAAGACAGCAUCCACUUCGCGCAAGGGUGAUGCGUCGAUUGAUGAAGCUGCUGUCUCUCAUCUGGCAGCUCUUGAUACUGUGAAGGUCGAGCAGCUCGUGCGCGAGUUCCUUUCUUCGCAGUCGUUGAGUAUUCUGCCGCAGAAUUCCUUCGGGGAUGCUGUUGCUCAGUUCAUCGACAAGGACGACAAGCAUGCGAUGGAAAUGUUCGUCAAUGAGUCCCUUGAGAGUCAGGUCAAACACUUGCUCUCCUUGGAUCGCGACGAUGAUGGCAUGGAUGAUCAGGAGCAGGAACAAAGCUCGUUGGUCGCCGCCAUGGAGAAAUACCGUGGUCAAAUGGAGAACAUGUUCUCCAAGGGCGUGAAAAAGCGAACUCGGGGCAAGAAGCGGUUUAAGCCCAAGCCAGACGGCUGGGAUACCGAGUUUGAUGGUGUAUGGGAGGAUCAGCCUGGCGCACUGAUCCAUUCUGACAACGAGGGCGGCGACCCUGCCGAGGAAGAAGCCGGAGAAGACGGCGCAGCCCCAGCUCGUGGUCGUGCAGCAGCCGCGCCUGCUUGUGGCCGUGGCAGGGGUCGUGGUCGGGGUGCCGCAGCCAGUGCGCGUACCACCAAGCCCAAAGCAACUCCCGCACCUACAAAGAGUCGCAAGAAACAGGUCGUUUCGGACGAGGAGUCAGAUGUGAUCAUGCUUGAUGAUGAUGUCGAUGAUGACGAUGAUGACGAUGACGACUCGCAGGCGCUGUUCGUCAAGCAGCCCAAGUCUACUACUGCCAAGUCACGAAAGGCUGCCCCAACGACAACGACCCAGCGUCGUGGGCGAGCUGCUGCUUCGCCAGCUCCGUCUUCAGCUACGCUUGGUGCAAGUAUUUCUCGUCAGGCUCCCGCGCGAGCUAAAACGGCCCAGAGUACGUUGAACUUCUCCGGUUCUCAGGCCAGUGUGCCUCAGUCAUCAAGACCAAGCCGCUCAACGCGUAACAUGAGUGUCCUUAGCGAUGGUAUUGAUGAUGACGAUGACGACGACGAUGCCUUUGAAGAAAUGCCGAGUACUAACUCUCGACGACGAAGGUGA